AUGUAUCGUCAAAUGGUUCGUGCAGAGGGCACUGCCCCUGCACCCGCAGCCAUCACAACGCCACUGAUUGUUGUCUCGAUCAUCUUCCCAUUGCUAUCCGCAAUCGCCAUUUCCCUAAAGCAUUGGGCUCAGCGUCAGAGCAAACAUGUCCUCCAUGCCGAAGACGGUUGGCUGUGGCUCUCCUGGAAAUUCAAAUUGCCUCUCCAGCUUUCGUCUCUGGCCUUGAGUACCAUUAUCUGGAUAUUUGCACGAUCGGGAAUCAAUACAUACAAGGUUCCAACUUUACAAGGAACCCAGGACUCUCUUCGGCUACCAUUGACGGCAGUCAAGAUUGCCAUCUUACUUUUUUAUAAACGCAUAUUUACAAAACGGACAUUCGCUAUUUGGGCGUGGAUAGCAAUCGCCUUAGUAUCGGUUUGGGGCGUGCUGUUUUUCCUUCUCAUCCUCGUCCAGAUCGACCCGAUCACGGUAUCGGACAUGACAAAAGUCAAGCUACGAUUUGAUUCCACCGCCAUGGGUCUCGCUCAGGUUGGCACGAGUAUCACACUCGAUCUCCUUGUCCUGUGCUUGCCAAUUCCUGUCAUUACAAGAUUGAACAUGAACCGAUCCCGCAAAUGGGCUCUCGUCUUCAUAUUUUGGCUUGGCGUCUUCUGUGUUGUUGCUGCGAUUAUGCGAUUGGUUUUUCUCAAGGAAUCACUUGCAAAAAUUGAUGCCAACUAUAGUCUAGUCUACCUACAAGACAAAAUCUUCAUUUUCAAGGUCAUUGAGCCGAACGCUUCAAUCAUUGCCGCCUGCCUUCCACUAUAUGGACCGAUCAUCAAGGGGUGGCGUGCCCCAUCGUCCAUUAUUGCCAGCAUAAGGUCCAUGGUGUCUCUUGGAAGUAACGGUCAAAGAGGGGGUAGCUCUGGGUCUGGGCAAGAUCGGCAAGCGAACAGCGCCUCAGCAGAAGGGCAGAGUGAGCUCGGCACCUACCGUCGCCUCAGUGAGCAGGAGAGAGCCAAAGACUCUCAAAAGGGCUCGAAGAUCUCGGAUUCCCAGUCCUAG